CAAAACAGGACCAUCGGCUGCUGGUGAGCGGACCGCCCUAUGAUCAGAAGUGUCCUGUGCAUAACGUAGACAAACAGGGAGAGCGAACCGAUAAGGAAGGGUGGACAGGGCAGUGUUCGAAAAAGCCACCGGAAGUUUGAGAUUUGGAGCAGCCGACCUCCAGCACGACCCUCAGUUCCAGUGACACCAGCCCGCCAUGGCUCCCUCACAAACAACAACCACCUCCAAAAGGAGAACCGACACCUCGACUUUCCACACCCUCGACCGGCAACAAGCCGCCGUCUACCCGUCCAAAACCCGCCCGCAGUACCCGGAGCUCGCCAAGCUCUCCGCGCCGCAUGUCGAGAGUUUCAACAGCCUGUUUGCGCAUGGAACGGCGUCUAGUGGGCUGCUGGAUAGGGCCGUGCAGGAUAUCGGGAAACGGGUGGUGUUUGAUGGGAAGCCCGGGGAGAGUGGACGGAAUAAGAUUGAAUUAUGGCUAUCGAGCGUAAGCGUAGGGAAACCAGUAAUCGAAGCGGGCGGUGGUGGGGUAUCAAACCAGCUGUUUCCUUCAGAAUGCCGCGAACGAGGAAUGUCCUACAAGAGCGUGAUGCAAGUCCGUUUAAACUGGCGAGUGAACGGCGGCACGGUGCAAAGCGAAGUGCGAUCUCUCGGGAAGCUGCCUGUCAUGGUUCGGUCGCUCCGCUGCAACCUGGAAGGCAAAUCGCCUCGCGACCUCAUCAAACAUAACGAGGACCCCGACGAGUUCGGGGGCUACUUUGUCAGCAAUGGUAUCGAGCGUUUGAUCCGGUUGCUAAUUGUGCCCAGGCGCAACCACCCAACCGCCAUCAUCCGAAACUCGUUCCAGAACCGUGGACCGACCUACUCGCCGUACGGUGUCUCCAUGCGGUGCGUGCGACCCGACCAGACCUCCCAGACCGUCACGAUGCACUACUGCACCGACGGACCCGUCACCCUGCGGUUCUCCUACCGCAAAAACGAGUACAUGGUCCCCGUCAUGCUCGUCCUCCGCGCCCUCUGCGAAGCCAGCGAUCGCGAGCUCUUCGAACGCCUCACGAUGGGGCAGACCUCCAACACCUUCCUCACCGACCGCGUCGAGCUGCUCCUGCGGAGUUUCCGCCGAUACGCGGUGCACACCAAGAAGCAGUGCACGGCGUACCUCGGCGCCAAAUUCGCGGUCAUGAUGGACUCCCCCGACGAUAUGUACGAGGAGGAGGUCGGCGAGGAGUUCCUGCGCCGCGUCGUGCUUGUGCAUCUCGACGACCCGAGGGAGAAGUUCGAUAUGUUGAUCUUCAUGAUGCAGAAGCUGUACGCUCUUGUCGCGGGCGACUGUGCGGGCGAUAACCCGGAUUCGCCGCAGCAUCAAGAGAUCCUUUUGCCCGGCCACCUGUACUUGUCGAUCAUGAAGGAGAAGAUGGGCGACUGGUUGACCGCGAUCAAGAUCCAGAUCCAGCAGGAUAUCCGUUUGAAACCCACCCAGGUCGACUUUAUGGACAAGAAGUACAUUGUUAAAGUGCUCAGCAAAACGUUCGGGUCGGCGGAUAUCGGCCGCAAGAUGGAGUACUUCCUCGCCACGGGCAACCUGGUCUCCAACACGGGUCUGGAUCUGCAGCAGACGUCCGGUUACACCAUCGUUGCCGAGAAGUUGAAUUUCUACCGAUACAUCUCCCAUUUCCGGUCCGUCCACCGUGGUAGUUUCUUUGCGGAGCUGAAAACGACCACCGUGCGGAAGUUGUUACCCGAGAGCUGGGGGUUCCUGUGUCCGGUCCACACGCCCGAUGGAAGUCCGUGUGGUCUGCUGAACCAUUUGGCGCACCUGUGCCGGAUCGUGGUGGAUAAGAUCGAUGUCAGCAAGGUGCCUGCGCUGGUAGCGAGUUUGGGCGUCGGGCAGAUGAGCGGGAUGGGUCCGCGGACGCGGAACGAGGCGUCGAAUGCGGUGCCGGACGAAACGGAUGCGAUGGAGAUCGAUGACGAGGAAGAUGAUGAGUUUGAUGACGUGGAGGACGACGAAGACGAGCUUAACGCGCUGGACCCGGAAUCGGAGAUGAAGCGUCGGAAGAACGUCACUGUUUCCGUGCAGCUGGAUGGGAAAGUCAUUGGAUGGUGCAGCGCCUCGAUGGCCGCCAAGGUCGCGCAACGGCUCCGGCAUUGGAAGGUUACCCGCACGCGGCCUAUUCCGUUGGAUUUGGAAAUUGGAUACGUCCCGCCUACAAGAGGUGGACAGUAUCCCGGUCUCUUCCUCUUCUCUACGCCGGCGCGCAUGAUGCGGCCCGUCAAGCACCUCGCGACGGGCGAGCGGGACAUGGUGGGCCCGUUCGAGCAGGUGUACAUGGACAUUGCGUGUCUGAAGGAAGACGUGGUCCCCGGCACGACGACACAUAUCGAAGAAUCGCCCACCAACAUCCUCAGCGUCGUUGCGAACCUGACGCCCUUCUCGGACCACAACCAGAGUCCGCGAAACAUGUACCAGUGCCAGAUGGGGAAACAGUCGAUGGGAACCCCCGCGCAGAACUUGCCUAACCGGACGGAUAACAAGCUGUACCGUCUGCAGACGGGGCAGACGCCUGUUGUGAGACCUAAACUGCACGACGCGUAUGGGUUGGAUGGGUACCCGAACGGCAUGAACGCCGUGGUGGCGGUUAUUUCGUACACGGGCUACGACAUGGAAGACGCGUCGAUCCUCAACAAGUCGUCGCAUGAGCGCGGGUACGGGCACGGCACGAUCUACAAAGGCGAGUUUAUCGAUCUGAGCGACAAGCGCAAGAAAGGCGAGCCGAUGACGCUGCAUUUCGGGAUCAUGGCCGAAGGCACCGCCGCGUUGACGUUCAAAGACGCCGACAAGAUCCUGAAAUUCCUGGACGAGGACGGGUUACCGAUCAUCGGCAACCGCAUCACACACGGCGACCCAUACUACGCGUACGUCGACGACGUCACGGGUAAAGUCACCGUCGUGCCCUACAAGGGCAUGGAAGACGCCUACAUCGACCAGGUCCGGCUGAUCGGCACCGACACCGGCGACCAGGAGCUGCAGAAGAUCCACAUCAAGCUCCGGAUCCCGCGGCCGCCCGUCAUCGGCGACAAGUUCUCGUCCCGGCACGGCCAGAAGGGCGUCAUCUCGCAGAAAUGGCCGACGGUGGAUAUGCCGUUCAGCGAGACCGGGAUCGUGCCGGACGUGAUCAUCAACCCGCACGCGUUCCCGUCGCGCAUGACGAUUGGGAUGUUUGUGGAGAGUUUGGCGGGGAAGAGUGGCGCGUUGCAUGGGAAGGCGCAGGAUGCGACGCCGUGGACUUUUUUGGAGGGGGAUGGCGAGCCUGCGGCGGAUUAUUUUGGGGAGGAGUUGAGGGAGGCUGGGUUCAAUUAUCAUGGGAACGAGGCGAUGUAUAGUGGGAUUACCGGGGGGGAGUUCAAGGCUGAUAUUUACAUUGGGGUGGUGUACUAUCAACGUCUCCGGCACAUGGUCUCUGACAAAUACCAAGUGCGCACGAUCGGCCCGGUGCACAACGUCACGCAACAACCCAUCAAGGGCCGCAAACGGGCGGGCGGGAUCCGAUUCGGAGAGAUGGAGCGCGACUCGCUCCUCGCGCACGGCGUGUCGUUCCUCCUGCAAGACCGGCUGAUGAACUGCUCUGAUUACAGCCAGUCGUGGUGCUGUUCGCAAUGUGGGAGCCUGGUGGGUGUGGAGACGGCGCUAGGCAAGCAUCGCGCGGUGUGCAGGACGUGUGGGGAUGGGAAGGGCGUGGAGAUUGUCGCGGUGCCGUUUGUGUUUAGGUACCUUGUGAGUGAGCUGGUGGCGAUGGGGGUCAAGUUGAAGUUGACUGUGGAGUAGGGGGGGAGAUGUAAAGGAGGGGGAAGAUGCAUACGCACGCACAC